CCAAAUAUCUAAAAUAUUCUAAAGAGGCGAUGAUGGCUUCUUCCUCCUACUGCUUUGGUGUCGUGUCGGUGUCUCUGGCUGUUCUGUUACCAUUUCUCUUACACUCUGCUUCGGCCACAAGUUACAUUGACGCCCUAUGCCAUUCUAACCCCGACAAAGCCUUCUGCGUCAAAACCUUGAGUGCAUACCCUCCGGUUGCCUCUGCCACCAGCAAGUUCCAAGCGGCUGUGGCAACGCUUGCCCUAGGAGAGUCUUAUGCCAAUAAGACAGCGGAAUUUGCGGGUAAAGCGGCAAAGGAGGAUCCAAAGUUGAAGAAACAUUUGGCGGCUUGUCAAGACGAAUUUGUGGACAUUAGUGGGGCUCUCAAGUUUGCUGCCUUGCAUCUCAAGGAAGAUCCACUGGAUGCGAAUUACACAGUCAUGCGUUGUUACGACAGCACAACGAUAGUGACGGAUUUGAUCGGGAAAAAUACAGACAAGGCUUCCAAGACUGUCACAGCGAUGACAAUGAUGUUGGAUAAAUAUAUUGCUCUCGGCGUUGGAGCCACCGUAGCUGUUGGCGGGUAAAGACGAUUAUCAAAAUGUUUACUCUGAUCAAAGGUUGUGGUUAUUUAAUUUUAAGGAAUGAGAUGUGUUUUGAAUUUAUAAGAUGAUCAAUACAUUUCUUCUUUUGAGA